UAGCAGAAGAGCAUCAGGCAGCAUGGGUCUACAGAGGUGGCUGUUGGCGGUGGGCUUUUAUCUGGCCUCAGUUUUAGGAACAGGGAACUCAGUCAUGACAGCAGAAACUCAAAGAUACACUUGCAGGACAUUUGGCAGUGGGGUGGUUCAGCCUUUCAUCGGUCAGAGUUUCUACGUGCGGUCCGACUGCCCCUUCACCCUCAUCCACUUCACCCACAACAGGGUGGAAUGUGAGAUCACCAUACGGCGUGAUGACAGCGGGCUUCUGGUCUUUGUGGAGAUCAGCAUCAACAAAAUCAGGACUGUUCUACAGAAUGGAAGCAUCCUGGUGGAAGAGAAAAGUGUUUCUCUUCCAUACGAUCACACCUAUCAGCACAUAUUUCAGUACGGCAUCUACACCAAACUGAGGAGCUCUCUGCUGCCUCUGUCUGUCACAUGGAACGACGUGCCUGGAGGAAAAGACUCUCUGUGGGUGGAGCUAAAUCAAGAGCUGAGCUCUGACAUGACUGGACUGUGUGGAAGUUCCAAAGCAGCAGGCAGCAGACAGCAGAUCAUCUCAGAGAGCGUGCUUGCUGAGGACACGUGUCAAACCAGAGAUCCGGUCUCUUCUGUCAGUCCAGUGUGCAGACAGUUCUUCUCCUUCACACUGGAUUGUUUUCAAGCCAGUACGCUUCAGUACAUACAGCUCUGUGAGGAGAACAUCUAUGGCUUUGAGAAGAGCAAAUCUAUCAGCUGUGCUUUCUUCAGAGAAAUGAUCCAGCAGUGUGGAAACGGCAGCUUUGCCUGGAACAUUUGGAGAGCUGCUACUGAAUGUGAUAAACCCAGUUGUCCUGGCGACCUUGAGUAUGUGGAACAGGGGUUGGCUUUCGUUCCCAGCUGCUCCAACCACAACCUCCGAUUCUCCAACCAGGAUUUGACCAGCUCCUGUGUCUGCCCAGAGGGAAAAGUGCUCAAUGACGGAGCAGCAGGCUUCCGGUGUGUGAGCGUGUCCAGCUGUCCCUGUGAGUUUGCCGGUAUGAGCUACCAGCCCGGGGAGAGUCGCAGCACCAAGUGCCAGUCCUGUGUGUGUGCUAGGGGGGAAUGGCAGUGCUCUGAAAACGUAUGCCCAACCCCAUGUUUGAUUGAAGGGCCUUUUGUAAGGACAUUUGAUGGUAAACAGUAUGCAGUGCCUGGUAAAUGUACAUAUGUGGCCUCACAGGGUCAAAACUGGAAGAUUAUAGUUGAGUUUUCAGCAAAGGCUCCAGCUGUGAAAAGUGUCAUCCUGCAGAUAUUUCAGGAAACGUAUACCUUCUCAGAAUACCGGGUUACAGUCGGAGAGGAGGAGAUCACUGAACUUCAUCAGAGUGAUAAUGCUCUGGUUUUCUGGCAGUCCUCCAUGUACUCCCAGGUCUACACAUCUUUAGGAGUUAACAUCCAGGUCCAGAUGUCUCCUGAAAUCCAGCUGUACAUCACGCCACCUGGAAACCAAAAGGACAUGAUUUCAGGUCUUUGUGGCAACAACAACAAUGACACUACAGACGACUUCAGCACCAGCGGUGGAAUUGUUGAGAAUUCGGCCCAACCCUUCGCUCUGUCAUGGAGUGUCGGUGGCUGUGCUGUUAACAUUCCCCCCUUCUGCACCAUAACAGACAAUGAGAUAUUUGCUGAGGAAAAGUGUUCUGUGUUGAACGACCCACGUGGAGUAUUUGCUGAGUGCCAUGCACAUAUCCCUACUGAUCACUACUAUACGGCCUGCAUCCAAAGAACCUGUAAGUGUGGCAGCAGUCUGCAGCAGUGCUUGUGUGUGGCUCUGGGGAGUUAUGCCAAAGCCUGCGCCAGUCUGGGCGUCGUGGUCGGGGACUGGAGGGAAGCCACUGACUGCACUGUGAAGUGUCAGAAGAACCAGGAAUUCUUCUACGACAUCCUUGCCUGCAACCGUACAUGCCGUUCCCUGUCUGGCCCUGACCCCCGCUGUGGGCUGGAUGAGGGGCCUGUGGAGGGAUGUGGGUGCCCAGAGGGGACUCAUCUAAGCCGAGGACACAUCUGCACCCCAAAGGCAGAAUGUGAUUGCCACUAUUACGGUGGGACAACACCACCUGGGCCUGCUGAUAUUGAUGGACAAAAGUGCUCCUGUGAGAAUGGAGAAUUGCACUGCUCCAAAGACUGUGGUUGCAGAAAUGGAAAAGUUUGUGUUCACUGCUCUGAGGAUCCGGUUAACACAGCUCAAAAAUCCUGUGACAGUCUGAGCAAACCAACGGGCAUCAGCGUGACCUGUGAGAGUGGCUGUUACUGCCCGUCCGACCAGUAUGAGGAUCAUCAUGGAAGCUGUGUUUCUCUGGAUGAUUGCACAUGUGUUUACAGCGGCCAAGUAUUCAGUGCAGGACAGAGUGUCAGAACCAACUGCAAAACAUGUGUCUGUGGUCAGGGUCAGUGGCACUGCAAAGACAAGCCUUGUCCUGGGAGAUGUCAGGUUUAUGGAAACGGACACUUCCAGACCUUCGACUCCAAAUGGUUCCGCUUUGAUGGAAACUGCAUGUAUACGCUUGUGGAGGAUGAGUGUGGAAAUAAAAACAGCACCUUCUCCAUCAGAGUUGAGAGUGUGCCCUGCUGUGACGAGGCGCUCACAUGCUCUCGCUCGAUCAUCCUGGACCUUCAGGACAAAGUCACCUUGGUGCUAAGUGACAUGAGGGUCUCCCAAAGCUACCAUGUUGGCGGGAUACAGGAGGACUUACAGUACACCAUAUACACCGUGGGACUCUACAUCGUCAUCUCAGUUCCAAACAAAGGGAUAACUCUGAUCUGGGACAAGCACACCCGGGUCACCGUAGAGCUGAGUGCCAUGUGGAGGAACAAAGUAUGUGGCCUUUGUGGGAACUUUGACUCCAAUGAGAUGAACGACCUACAGAAAAGCAACUCAACUGUGAUGUCCAGCCCCCUGACAUUUGGCAACAGCUGGAAGGUUCCUCCUUGUUCAGAUGUAUUAACUGAGAUAUUUCCAUGUGAACGCCACUCCUACUGCUCCACUUGGGCUGAUCGCCGCUGUAUGAUCAUCACAGGAGACACAUUCAAAGACUGCCACCUCAAAGUGGAUCCAGAGCCAUACUUUCAUGCAUGUGUGCAGGAAUCCUGCUCUUGUGAGUUUGAAGGAAAGUUCCUGGGUUUCUGCACUGCUGUGGCUGCCUAUGCAGAGGCCUGCAGCGACGUGGGCGUGUGCAUAAACUGGAGAACGCCGGAUUUAUGUCCUGUCUACUGUGACUACUACAAUGAGCAGGGCCAGUGCAGCUGGCACUACGAAGCCUGUGGUCAGAUGCUCAUCUGUGGCAGAAGCAGCUUAACUCACAAGCUGGAAGGUUGCUACCCGAGAUGUUCAAAGGCUGCCCCAUACUAUGAUGAAAAUAUUGGUAAAUGCACUGAAUUGAGAAACUGCUCCUGUUAUUUUAAUGAUACCAUCAUUCAGCCUGGAGCAGUAGUGCUGAUACAGUCUACAGCCUGCCGAUGCCAGAAUGGAACUGUUCACUGUUUAGCGCUUCCUACCACCACCACACCACCACCAACUACUGCUGGACCAACUGAGCUUCCUACCAUCACACCACCACCAACUACUGCUGGACCAACUGAGCUUCCUACCACCACCACGCUACCACCAACUACUGCUGGACUAACUGAGCUUCCUACCAUCACACCACCACCAACUACUGCUGGACUAACUGAGCUUCCUACCAUCACACCACCACCAACUACUGCUGGACCAACUGAGCUUCCUACCACCACGCUACCACCAACUACUGCUGGACCAACUGAGCUUCCUACCACCACGCUACCACUAACUACUGCUGGACCAACUGAGCUUCCUACCACCACCACGCUACCACCAACUACUGCUGGACCAACUGAGCUUCCUACCAUCACACCACCAUCAACUACUGCUGGACCAACUGAGCUUCCUACCAUCACACCACCACCAACUACUGCUGGACCAACUGAGCUUCCUACCACCACCACGCUACCACCAACUACUGCUGGACCAACUGAGCUUCCUACCACCACGCCACCACCAACUACUGCUGGACCAACUGAGCUUCCUACCACCACACCACCACCAACUACUGCUGGACCAACUGAGCUUCCUACCACCACCACGCUACCACCAACUACUGCUGGACCAACUGAGCUUCCUACCACCACGCUACCACCAACUACUGCUGGACCAACUGAGCUUCCUACCACCACACUACCACCACCAACUACUGCUGGACCAACUGAGCUUCCUACCACCACACCACCACCAACUACUGCUGGACCAACUGAGCUUCCUACCACCACACCACCACCAACUACUGCUGGACCAACUGAGCUUCCUACCACCACACCACCACCAACUACUGCUGGACCAACUGAGCUUCCUACCAUCACACCACCACCAACUACUGCUGGACCAACUGAGCUUCCUACCACCACACUACCACCACCAACUCCUGCUGGACCAACUGAGCUUCCUACCAUCACACCACCACCAACUACUGCUGGACUAACUGAGCUUCCUACCACCACGCUACCACCAACUACUGCUGGACCAACUGAGCUUCCUACCAUCACACCACCACCAACUACUGCUGAACCAACUGAGCUUCCUACCACCACCACGCUACCACCAACUACUGCUGGACCAACUGAGCUUCCUACCAUCACACCACCACCAACUACUGCUGGACUAACUGAGCUUCCUACCACCACGCUACCACCAACUACUGCUGGACCAACUGAGCUUCCUACCAUCACACCACCACCAACUACUGCUGAACCAACUGAGCUUCCUACCACCACCACGCUACCACCAACUACUGCUGGACUAACUGAGCUUCCUACCAUCACACCACCAUCAACUACUGCUGGACCAACUGAGCUUCCUACCACCACCACGCUACCACCAACUACUACUGGACCAACUGAGCUUCCUACCACCACCACGCUACCACCAACUACUGCUGGACCAACUGAGCUUCCUACCACCACACUACCACCACCAACUACUGCUGGACCAACUGAGCUUCCUACCACCACACCACCACCAACUACUGCUGGACCAACUGAGCUUCCUACCACCAUACCACCAUCACCAUCAACUACUUCAGCAACUACUACUUCACCAACAACUAUUACCCCGUGUGAGUGUAAAGACCUGAAGAGGAAAAAAAGCUGGUCUUGUAAUGAGACAUGGGUGGAGGACUGCUUCAGUAAGAGCUGUGUCAAUAGGAAGAUAGAGCUGACUCCGGUGGUUUGUCCAGAGCCAGUAAUCCCUAGCUGCCCCAGACAGCAAGUCAGAAAGGUCUCGGAUGGAUGCUGUGAAACAUGGAAGUGUGACUGUCGCUGUGAUUUAUACGGAGACCCUCAUUAUAUCACUUUCCAAGGAGUGACCUUUGAUUUCCUGGAUGACUGCACCUACAUUCUGGUAGAGGAGCGUUCACCACGCCAUCAUCUCAUGAUUGCUGUGGACAACUUCUACUGUGUGCCGGGGCUCGAAGGUUCCUGUGUCAAAGGAAUCAUCCUGAAAUAUCAGACCAGUGUAGCUACACUCAAAAUCAUUCCACCUUUGUUUUCAGUAAAGGCCACUCUGAACAACAUGACCAUAGAGCCGCCGUACGAGGAGCAGGGGUGGAGGUUUGAGGUCACAGGAUACAUAGUGUCCAUUUAUCUCCCAGAAAUCCGCUCUUAUGUCUCUCUCAGUCCGUCUUACAACCUGGUGAUCAAUCUGGCCAUGGAGCACUUCUUCAACAACACCCAGGGACAAUGUGGCGUUUGUGGUGGUGGAUCCUGCAUCCGUAAAGGAGGGCAGAUUGAAGAUGACAGCUGCUGUGGAAAAACCGCCUAUGACUGGGUGUAUGAUGACCCCCAGAAACCAGCCUGUUUGUCUGCCCCGAAGGAUGUGCCCUGUCACUGGGGUACCAGCAGACCCCCUCCCACCCCGUGCCCUGCAAGCUCACUGUGUGAGCUGCUACAUCACCCAGUCUUUUCAAACUGCAGCAGGUUUGUGGAUCUGGCUGUCAAAAAGAAGAGUUGUGAUUUUGAUUCAUGCAGAACUGGUGCAUGCUCAUCCCUGGAGCAAGCUGCUGAGGAAUGCAAGAAAGCUGGUUUCUGUGUUGACUGGAGAAGACUGACACAUGGAGGCUGUGACUGGAAAUGUCCAGCAGGACUUGUGUACAGAGAGUGUCGUAAUAAGCUGGAUGACUUCUGCUAUGGAGGAGUGAAGUAUCCAGGAGGCUCCUUCGAGCCCAGCAGUGCAGGCUGUUUUUGUCCCAGCGGCCUGAAGAGGGCAGGAGCCCACUCAAACAUCUGUGUGUCUGAGUGUCGACAUUGCAAAGGACCACUCGGUGAGCCCAGACUGCCAGGUGAGGUGUGGCAGUCUGGCUGUCACCUGUGCACAUGUAACAACCAGACCCGGACAGAGGAAUGUUUUCUAAAACCUCUGGAACCGCCUCCGACCUGUGGCCCUGAUGCUGAACUGGUUAACACCUCUUGCUGUGGAGAUCUAGCCUGUUUGGAGAAGACAUGCAUAUAUAAUGGGAAAACGUAUAAGAUGGGAGACAGAUGGAAGGAUGCUGCCCAUCCCUGCAUGUCAUUCCUCUGUAACAAAGAUGGCGUUCAGACUGAGACUAAAGUCUGCCCCACAGAAAACUGUCAAGAGCAGGACAGAAUUUGGGAUGACCAACACUGCUGCUUUACAUGUGACCAGAGCUGUGCUCCGAAGGUGACCAGCAUCAACAUCACCAUAGACAACUGUACCACCAUCAUGCAGAUGCCUGUGUGUCAAGGCCAGUGUGUGUCUCAGCCCAGCAGGGUUGUGUUGCACGGCGAUGUGCAGAUGGAGCAUAAGUGGCGAUGCUGUCAGGAGCAGAGUUCAGAGAGGAGAUCAGUGACCCUGCAGUGCUCUGACCUCAGUGAGCGACGUUACGCCUACAAACACAUCACCAGCUGUGAGUGCGGAGCCUGUGGCAUACUGCGCUGAAAACACGUCUGAUUUUUUAAUUUUUCCUCGUUUUCAUCUGUCGUCACAUGCAUACGCUGCUAUGCACGCUUUAGCACAUUUUUAAAUCAACUUCAAGCAUCAUUAAACCAAAACAUGGAACCAAAGCAAUCAGAUUAUUUAAACAUAAACUAACUUUAAAGGAGCUGGAGGUCUUGUCUCCAUCUCGGUCUUGACUCUGUCAUGACCCCCAAAGGUCUUGGUCUAGACUCGACUCGGUCUUGACUCGUUCUCGACCCCCAAAAGUCUUAUCUCGGUCCCGACCUUGACUUGGUCUCGACUCCCAGAAGUCUUGGUCUUGUCUUGGUCUUGGGCAAGUCUUGGUCCCAGUGCACUCUGGUCUUGGGCAAGUCUUAGUCUUGGUGCACUCUGGUCUCAGUGCACUCUGGUC